AUGGCAGUAUUGCACAAUAAGCUUUAUCAAGCAGUGCUUGAACAGCUUUAUCAGGCAGUGCGUGAAGAAGCCCUCAUACUUCCAAGAGAAAUAAAAAACUUUCCAGAAGUAAUAGAAAUUAAUGUUACGAGAGAAGGACAGAGCUUUCUAGUUGAGGGAGCAGCAGGAAAGCAGUAUGGGAAGAAUCCUAGACAGGUUUGUGAUUACCAGAGAGAUAAAUGGUUGACGGCUGUUAUUACACUGCCCCAGUUACGACACUUCCACCCCGACUGCCUGAUUUCAGUGAUCUUUCGGGUUGCAAUCAUCCCUCGGGACUCCUUUCAGGAUGACUGGCUGCACACUGGCCCACGGGUGCUGAUGACCUCGGCCUUUGCUACUGCCUGUGAAUGGGAAGUCUGGAUUUUGUGUCCAUCCCAGCUCACCCUAAGGAAAUCUAUAAUGGAAGACCACAAGGAAGAUCUGCUGGAUUUUGAGUCAGAGAAAGUGGAAAUCUUAAGAUUGGCCCAGUCAAAAAGGAACAUUAACAGUUUGAAUAUGGACCUUGAAAGGGAUAUGCAGAGAAUAGAUGAAGCAAAUCAGGAACUUCUUCUCAAAAUUCACGAGAAAGAAGAUGAGAUUCAAAGGCUGGAAAGUGAGAUCAUUCAGACCAGAGACCUGGCAGAGGAGGAGGAGUGGGAGAAGGAGAACUUCACCACAAUGGAAAGGGAAAGAGCCUUGCAGGAGCUAGAAGAAGAAACAGCCAGGCUGGAAAGGAAGAAUGAGACUCUGGUCCACAGCAUAGCAGAACUUGAAAGAAAGCUUACAAGGAAAUCACAAAAGGCAACUAAGUGUGAACAAGGCAAUCUAAAGGGAACCCCAGAAGAAUCAAAGGCUAAGUUACAACAGCUGGAAGCCUCCUGUGUGGACCAAGAGAAGGAUCUGGCCAAGGUAAUAGAAGACUAUGCAUUUGUGGCCCAGCUCUGUGAAGAUCAGGCCCUCUGCAUAAAGAAGUACCAGGAAACUUUGAGGAAAAUAGAGGAAGAACUAGAGACUCGGUUCCUUGAGAGAGAAGUAUCAAAAGUCAUGAGCAUGAACUCUGCAAGCAAAGAGUGUAAUAGCCAAAAUAACCAGGUAAUUUCCCACCCAGCUCCAACUUCUUGAGUGUCAUCACCCAUCAAAGGAGUUUUCCAAAAACGUUGUAAGCCACCAAAUCCCUAUCAAUCUUCCCAUGUGCAUUUUCCAAGAACAGUACCACAAAUAAUCCCAAAGCAUUCCAACCUUAAACAAAAACAAAGAGGAUGCUAAGGAACAACUGUCUUCCCUCUUAUGGCUGUGCAAAUGAUCUGUUCUCAAAGAAACCAGCCUGAAGACCAGAGAGAGUUUAGAAUGGAAGCAAAAGUAACAGGAGCAGAGGG